AUGGCCGCCGGAACGUCGAACGAAGAUGCCUUCAUCGUGGUCGUUCACUCGGCUCCCCACCACUUCCGCUUGCGGGCCACCAUCCGGGAGACGUGGGCCAGAGACGCCAGGUUCCCGCUGUCCGACGGACGCCGGGCCGUGGUCGUGUUUGUGAUGGGGAAGCCCGCCGUGUCGCCCAACUAUUACGAGUCUCAAAUCAAAAUUGCCAGCGAAGCCGCUGUCCACAAGGACAUUGUUCAGGGAACGUUUACUGGGUCCUACACCUCAGUCACGCUCCUCAACAUCCUGAUGCUCAAGUGGGCUUCGCUGUCGUGUCCUCAAGCCAGCUAUCUGGUGAAGGUGGCGGACGACACAUUCGUCAACAUGAAGUACAUGAGAGACGUUUUUCAGGAUGUAGUGUUCAAAACUUCAGUCAUUUACGCUCACGUGUACAGAAAGCCGUCCGUCUGGAACGGACACAAGCUAAACGUCAUCAAGCAAACAAUUUGCUGCCUGGCGAACGGCAGCAAAGAGUGCCUGGAGGGUUGGACUGAGCCGGAGUGCGACGUUCCGGCGUGCGCCGACGGCUGCCACCCCGAGCACGGCUUCUGCGAGCGUCCCGGCGAGUGCCUUUGCAAGAUGGGCUGGGAAGGGGCGCGGUGCGAGCGCUGCACCCCGAUGCCCGGAUGCCUGCACGGCACCUGCAACGCCAGCUUCGAGUGCAACUGCCUGCCCGGAUGGGACGGCUUCUUCUGCAACAGACCGAUGUGCGGGGACGGCUGCCAUCCAACCAGGGGCUACUGCGAAAAGCCGGGACAAUGCAGCUGUCGGUUCGGGUGGCAGGGCGAGAAGUGCGACCGUUGCAAGCCGCUGCCGGGCUGCCUGCACGGCCGCUGCAGCAAGCCCCUGGAGUGCCUCUGUGACGACGGCUGGACGGGCAUCUUCUGCCACAUACCGGUCUGCUCCUCCAAGUGCCACUACGAACACGGCUACUGCGCCAAGCCCAAUGAGUGCAGGUGCCGCGUCGGUUGGAUGGGCGAGCAGUGCGACCAGUGCUGUCCGUACCCUGGCUGCCGGCACGGAACCUGCACCAAGCCCUGGGAGUGCCACUGCCAACCUGGCUGGGGAGGAUCGCUGUGCGAUAAAGAGCUGAAGUUCUGCGAGGACCACUCGCCGUGCAGCGAGGGUUCGACCUGCGUGAACAAGGCGGAAGAGGACGGCUUCUACCAGUGCCUCUGUCCGGACAAGCUGGCCGGUAGGAACUGCACCGUACCGGUCAGGAGGAACAAGUUUCUCUCGGAACACGCCCUCUUCGGAACCACGUCUUCCAGAAACAAGUUCUUUUAGUGACGCCGAGGAAUCGGCCUGGAUGCAAGCGGUACCAGCUACAAGACAAGGCCAGCGCACGACGUCAUCGCUUGUGGACCUCCGACCAGCUCCCAAUGGCGCCAUUGCCAUUGGGCGCGGGUCGGAUUGGCGUCGCCGCGUGCAUGCGUUGUCGCGC